AGCAAAAUGUUCAACCAAACAAAACAUAAAUCAAGAACUACACACACCUGGCGAAUGUGGAGCAUCUACGUGGUUUUAGCUGUAAACCUCUCCGAACAGCAAGUGCUGAAGCAGGCUUGUCCUUCAUGCAGUGCCACUCAGCUUUGCAACUGCUCUUCCAUGGGUUUAGACUUCAUUCCCCCAGGGCUCACGGGCAAAAUCACAGUGUUAAACCUGGCCUACAACAGGAUAAAGGCCAUCCGAUCCCAGGAUCUGCAGCAGGCUGUGAACCUGAGAGCCCUGCUGCUGCAGUCCAAUGAAAUCAGCUCAAUAGACGAGAACUCAUUUCACUCCCUUGGGAAACUAGAGCUCUUGGACUUAUCAAAUAACAGCUUGGCUCACUUGUCCCCUGUGUGGUUUGGGCACCUUUUUUCUCUCCAGCACCUCCACCUUCAAGGGAACACCUACAGAGACCUGGGGGAAAGCUCCCCCUUUUCUAACCUGAGGAACCUGAGCUCUCUCCACCUGGGCAACCCACAGUUCUCCACCAUAAGACAAGGCAACUUUGAGGGCAUUGGAGUUCUUGACAAGUUGUGGAUUGAUGGUGGCAAUCUCAGUCAAUAUGAGCCAGGAAGUUUGAAACCAAUUAAGAAGAUAAAUCACAUGAUCUUAAACCUAAAAAAUUCUAAUACAUUCUCAGCAAUUGUCAGGGACAUUCUGCACUCUGUCAUUUGGUUAGAGGUGAGAGAAAUCAAAUUAGAGAUUGAAAAAAAAAGCUUGGUACAGAACUCUACACUUCCUUUUAGGAUACAAAAACUUACAUUUAAAGAUGCUUCAUUCACAGAUCAGUAUAUUAGCAGAAUACUAGUAUUACUGAAGGAAAUCACAUCUUUGCAAGAGUUAGAGGCAAUUGAUUGUGUGCUUGAGGGGAAAGGAGAAUGGAAUACUAGAGAAAUUGCAAGCAGUGGGCAAAGUUUUGUUGAAACAGUAUCAAUAAUAAAUAUAAUUAUUCCAAAUUUUCACUUGUUUUUUGACCUGGAUGGUAUGGGGUCGCAAAUAAAAAACCUGAAAAGACUCACCAUUGCAAGCUCCAGAGUUUUCAUGGUACCAUGCAACCUUGCAAGACAUUUUUCGUCACUUCUAUAUCUAGACUUUAAUGAUAAUUUGCUUGUAAAUAUUCGCUUGGAUGAGACAAUCUGUGAAGAUGCUUGGCCUUCAUUGCAAACUUUAAAUCUAAGUCAAAACUCUCUACAAUCUCUAAAAAAGACUGCAAAUUCUGUAACUCGUCUACCCAAACUGAUUAAUCUUGACAUUAGCCAAAAUAAUUUUGGUGAG